ACAUGCCAAGUCGAGAGACGCCCCUCCAGUCGGCAUUUCAGUUCGACGUCACAACUGCGAGUCGCGCAUGCUUUACCGCGGCUUCUGGGGUUCUUUCAGAGGUGCCGGGCGUUCCGGGUAUAAAAAACGCUGCGGUCCGGCCCUGAGCAUCUAAAGACGAAGCGUACAUGAAAGAUACUAUGGCAGCCUCUUCCGAUAGAAUCAUGCUUGGUCCUCUUGUGGCGGCUAUUGAUCAAGGUACCAGUUCCACGAGAUUCUUGGUGUUUAAUGCCAAGACAGCCGAGCUCCUCAGCCACCACCAGGUGGAGAUCAAGCAGAGUUUCCCAAAAGAAGGAUGGGUGGAGGAGGACCCCAAAGAAAUCCUUCAUUCUGUGUAUGAGUGCAUGGAGAGAACAUGUGAGAAGAUGACCCAGCUCAACAUCGACAUCUCCAACAUUAAAGCAAUUGGAGUGACCAAUCAGAGAGAGACCACGCUAAUCUGGGAUAAGAUGACUGGAGAGCCUCUCUACAACGCUAUUGUGUGGCUUGACCUGCGCACACAAUCCACUGUGGAGCGGCUCAUCAGCAAGACGCCUGGGAGGAACAAGAACCAUCUGAAGCAUAAAACAGGCCUUCCCAUCAGUACCUACUUCAGCGCGGUGAAGCUCCGGUGGCUAUUGGACAAUGUCCCUGAAGUCCGAGAAGCUGUCCAAUCCGACAGGGCCAUGUUUGGCACCGUUGAUUCCUGGUUGAUUUGGAGUCUGACGGGGGGUAAGAGUGGGGGGGUUCACUGCACUGAUGUGACAAACGCCAGCAGGACCAUGCUCUUCAACAUUCACACCAUGGACUGGGAUCCAGAGCUUUGUCAAUAUUUUGAUAUUCCAAUGGAGAUUUUGCCAAAAGUGAGAAGUUCCUCAGAAAUAUAUGGUUUGAUGAAAAUAAGCUCUAGUCUGAAAUCAGGCUCUCUCACUGGGGUGCCCAUAUCUGGGUGCCUGGGGGACCAGUCUGCUGCUCUGGUGGGACAGAUGUGCUUCCAGGAUGGACAGGCCAAAAACACGUAUGGAACUGGUUGCUUCCUUCUCAGAAAUACAGGCCUAAAGCCGGUGAUGUCAGAGCACGGCCUCCUGACGACGGUGGCCUACAAGCUGGGGAGAGAUAAGCCGGCCUGCUAUGCACUUGAGGGUUCGGUGGCGAUAGCUGGGGCGGUGGUGCAGUGGUUGAAGGAUAACCUGGGGAUUGUGCAGUCCUCCACCGAGAUAGAGAACCUGGCUGCCACUGUUGGGACCUCUUAUGGCUGCUACUUCGUACCCGCGUUCUCUGGCUUAUACGCCCCCUACUGGGAGCCAAGCGCCCGGGGGUUCAGGUUCAAGGAGUUGAAUCAGGAAGGAAAAAAGACAAACAAUAUGUCCCUGUACGUAACAAAUGCCAUCCUGGAGGCGAUGCAGAGCUUGCUGCUGUGCAGGGUCCCUCCACGCUGUGAGUUAGUGGGUCUCUGCUUGUUCCUGCCUCAGAUCUUGGAUGCGAUGAACCAGGACAGCGGCAUCCCGCUCACGCAGUUGCAGGUGGACGGGGGCAUGACCUCCAACCGGCUGCUCAUGCAGCUCCAGGCUGAUAUCCUGUGCAUCCCUGUGGUGAAGCCCUCGAUGCCAGAGACGACUGCCCUUGGUGCCGCCAUGGCGGCUGGGGCAGCGGAGGGCGUCAGCGUGUGGAGCCUGAGGCCCGAGGACCUGAGUGCCGUCACCUCAGAGAAGUUCGAACCCCAGAUCAACCCUGAAGAGAGUGAGUUCCGCUAUGCACGCUGGAAAAAGGCCGUGCAGAAGGCCAUGAACUGGGAGACCACAGAACCCAUCACUAACGGAAACGGUGAAACUAGUAUCUUCAGUAGUGUCCCCAUGGGAUUUUACAUAUUGGGUAGCAUGUUUAUGUUAAUUGGAGCAAAAUACAUCACAGGCCAACGUCCAUAGGUCCUCACCCACAAUGCAGUGCUGCAGAGUGAUGCAAGGGGGGCAGCCUGGUUAUCCGCUCUGCUCCCCCCUCACCAUGGGUCUGUAUGCCCCUGGGUGAGCUGUGUGUUCCCGGGGGAGGGGAAGCAUUCCAAGUUUACGGCCCAGUCGCCUGUUGAUCCCCAACAUCACCCUGCAGAUGGGACCACUGGGUCAUUUAAAUGUCCAUGUGACAGCACCUCUGAUAGGACCGAUCGGACACAAAGCAGUCCGCUGCAGGGGACAAGGACACUGGUUAUAGUCCCAAACUGUGAUACGGAUUUGUGUACAAUAGGCACCGUUUGUGUUGGGGGGGUGUUUUUGCUAUUAACAUUAUGACCAGGCUGGUAUAGUCUGCUGACGUCUUAGGUGGGGAUUGGACAUUGAUAGUGGAACUUAAGUGUAACCGGGGGGAAAUAAACCUUCGCAGUACUUUGUACAGUUUUACAUGAUAUGUUUGUGCAGCCGCCGCUGUGUUGGGCUGUUAAACACCAUUUAAUGGGACUAAUUAGUGGCCCAAACACUGUGGCUCUCAUAAAGCAACACAACACUGUUUGAAAGUGCACAUGAAUAAAUCUGGGUAUUUAUAUUAGACCUGAUGUCUUUUAAUGUUGUUAUAAUUAUAAUGGCUGACUGCUAGAAACCUUUGAUCAUGGCUGUUUAACGUGUCUUUUUCCUGGCUCUAAUACCUUGCCAUUGCUGUACACUUGUAUAGGUGUAUAUGGUGUCACUGUAUGUACUGUAUUUUUUAUAUCAGUGCAAACAAAAAUGCUGUCCUCUACAUAGCACUCAGUGUCAAAGGAGUUUAUUUAGAAAAUGAUUGAGUUCAUCAUUCGUCUGAUUUUGAUUCUAAGGAUGAUCUGUCCCAGCCUCUUCCUUUGUCCCUCUGAAUGGCAGUUAGCAUUUUGCAAACAUACAAAGAACGGUUUUGUUACUGUUGCUUCAUUUGUGAUCCUGUCCAGCUGUCAUUCUGCACCCUUGAGUCCUGUUGAGGCUGCGCUUUCCGUAACAAGUGUCCUAGUUCACCUUUACAGGAGGAGCACACAUUUUUUGUGACAUUUUUUUGCAAUGGUGGCAUUUUUCCAUUACCUGUCUGCAACAUAUGUGCAGUAACAAUGUAAUUAAAUGAGGAGAAACAUUUGUUGUA